AUGGCGCAGAACAUAACAAAUACUUUGAAAUACGCGAGGUUCAUCGCCUUAGCACAUAUCAUUGUCGGAGUGUUGCUGUUUGUGUUUGGAAUCAUCGAUCGUCUACAUGGCUAUUUUUGGACAGGGUAUGGAUGCUUUGGUAUUUGGUGUGGAGCUUGGGUAGGUUGAUUUGUGCAUUUACGACUUUAAUUUUUUUUGCGUCAACUCUAUAACACAAGCAAAAGUUAUAUUUCCGCUUACAACAGACCAAAAAAGUAUACACAAAGCCGUGUGCGCUCGGUGUAAACCUACAAGACGUUCGAACGUUCGAUUCUUUUUCGAAUACAUUGAAUGUUGAUUUCACACUCUGUUGCUAAUUACAUUGACAAGGACGAGUUCGCGAUCGCCUGUCAUAUUGAUAUUUGUUUAAUCGAUAAAAAAUACUUCUCCCUCGAGUUCACUCUCAACUUUUCCCACUUUUUUUCAUCCUUAAGCGGAUUAUAGUUAUCAAGCCUUUAACAACAGCUGUAUCUUUCCGUGCACGUAUUCCUUCUAAAAAUGUAAAAAAGGGAAGCUUUAUUGCUAGUAAGAUUGAAGGGAAAUUCGAAACUUAUUUCUAGUAAUUCAUUGAGUCCAUUGGUUUCCCAGAACAAGUAUCUUGGCGCUGCUUCGCGGACGUUACUAACCGAAGUUUGAUUAAGCUUACUAAGCCUUUUUCAAUGCGACUAAAGCUGCCAACAAUCCCAGCGGGGGUACUCAGGAUUUCAAGUGGGGAUGAUCGAAUGGAGCCAAAAGUCAAGACCCAAAAAAAUCCUUGGACCAAAAAUGCAGACUAUUGUAUAACAUGUGCAAUGUAAAGUGACACCAUAGUUAACUAUUAAACAACAACAAAACACGUUUGUUUGUACUUUAUUCGCAGAACUACGCAGCCAGGGUACUACCGAUUCUUUUUAAUACCCCCAAAAAAUCCCUACUCAAAUCAAGCUACCCAAAAAAAUACUUGCCAGAUUUUCGUACCCAAAAAAAUCCCGGAAUCAAAAAUUUCAAACCCCAAAAAAUCCUUCGAUCAUCCCCGUCACUUAUUUACAUAUGUACUUCAUGACGUGCUUUGAAAAUGCCCCAAUCACCCUGGGGAGCCUGUCAGGUGCACUCCUAAUUUGUACAUGUAAUUAAGCUUACUACUGGAAGUAUGAAUUCAACCUAUUUUAGAUCAGGUUUAUAUCAUGUUGAAUACAGUGUCAGCAUUAAUUUUUUCUAAAAUAUGUACCUACUCUAGAAACCCCCAAGCUGAUAUUAAAAAUAAAGCGUGCAUCCAAAUCUCAUCCAAGUAGGUUGAUUUACCCUCGUCCUGGCUGUCUUUAGUCUCCCUGGCAGUAGGAGCCAUUUUUGUCUUGUCAUCAGCGUGCAAAGAAAGUCGUGUCCGAUAGCCCGGGGCUAGUGGAUUUUGCUAUCGGGCUAGUGAAUUCUGUUUUUAACUUGCCGGACGGGCAAGUGAUGUUUUUUGAGGAAUUUGAAUAACAGAAGAACUGUGAAACCAAUUCUGCUCGUCAAAAAGCUUUUGGGACUAGUUGAAAUGAAGUCUGGGCUAGUAAAUGCUAGUUUCAGCUUGCCUGAAUGGCAAGCUGUAAAAAUUAGUUUCUUUGCACCCUGUGUCAUGCAACAUUAGUACUCCUUCCCAACAAAUGGCUGCUCACAUUCAAACCACAUUCCUUCCCAGUAUUGUUUUAUCUGUCACUGAAAUGAUCAAUCAUUUAUCAACAAAUUAUAAGAAUGAUGUCAGUUUUCAUGCAAAGAAUGAGUCCGUGUGAUUUCUGGUUGUAUAGAGGUGUCCGCCGCAGUUCUGUUUUGCUUUCUUGCAGUGAAUUGACAUCAAUGAUUUCUGUGAAAUGCACACUUGCUCUGAAGGGAGCAACUUUAAACUGUAUAAAGCUUGGUAGAAAAGCCAGACGGUUAAUUUUCCAUUGCCAAAAUAUUUUUGGCAGGAAACAGCUGAUUGAUAUCAGUUUAUCAGCCUUGUUCGUUGGUCCAGCUGUCACUUUACAGUUGUUGAUGUUAGGGGUCAAAUUUGAUUUUAGGUUAAUUUUUAUUUAACCGAGGUUGAUUGAGCAGUAUUCUCAGGAAAUAAUAAUUGAGAAUCAACCUUGGUUAAAAAAAUUUAGCCUGAAAUUAAAUUUGUCCUGUGAUAUGGACAUUAAUAUUAUAUUUUAAAGCUUGCAUGUUUAUAAAACAAGUCAUUGGAAUUGCAAGUAAAGAAAAAAAGUAUACAGUGUCAAGUGGACUUCAAAUUUAAUAUUUGGCAUGGAUAUUGAUUUUUUGUUAAAUCGAUGCAAUCUUAAGUCGGUUUCAUUUGGAACAACAACUAAUGAAUGUGAUGAGAGUGAACUCAAUGUGCAUCACAUAUGAGGCAAUAGCAUGCAGGUUAUGAUUUGACAGCAUGUGAAAGGAUAAUUUGGCAUGAAGCAGUUAGCUGGGAUUGGCUAAAAUCGGGAAAGAGUGUGGUUUGAAUGUGAGUAACCAUUUGUUGAGAAGGAGUAUUGCAUUUGGGUGACAAGACAAAAAUAGCUGUGAGGGAGAGACUAGGUUGUCUUUUCUAAAUCAUAAACAUGUAAAUAUUUUCCAGAUGUGCAUCACAGGAGGUCUGGGGAUUCCAGCAAGUAACAGGGAGAGGAGCCCCUCUAGCAAUGCCUUGGUAUGUACUGAAUAUAUCAGACUUGGUUCAUUGACUAGGUACUGUAAAAUUCCAAAAAUAAGCCCCAGGGCUUAUACUUUUCAAUAGGCCCUUUUUGAGGGGCUUAUUUUUGGAGGGGCUUCUCUACGGAGGGAAAUUUGCUUUUCAAAAUCGAUUGGGCUAGCCUUAUAAUUGGGAGUAAAUUUACCGUUUUUGCUUUGUUAUACUUUGUAUUUGAGGGCAAUUUUCCAAGUACAAGCCCCCGGGGGGCUUAUAUUUGGAGGGGCAAUUUAACGGAGGGUUUUUUGUGUUACUGGUUUAGGGGGCUUAUAUUUGGAGGGGCUUAUACAUGGAGGAGCUUAUUUUCGGAAUUUUACAGUAUCUGUCUUCAGGAAUGUUUGUAUGUUUUAAUUUUUUUUUCUAAUGGACCAGUUUGUAUUAGGAACUUCUGUCUAUUUUGUCUUCUACCAAUCAGAUCAUGAGCAGGCAGCAUAAAAUUUAUUUCCCCUUGACAAGCAGAUUUUAAACAGCAGAUGCAAAGGUGUUGUUUGAUGUGGUGUGCAAUCAUGUCUUAGAGCAUUUUAAGCUUAGAAACCUAAUGUAAAAAUUUACAAAGAAAAGCGCUAUUAAAAGAAGUCAAUUGUUAAUUAAUGGUGAGUAUGUUUUUGAAAUUCAACAAACCAGAUCUGCUGGAUCAUUAAUUAUUUUUCAGUCUGCAAUGAAGGCUAACAGUGAAAGAGACAUUUCUGUUGUAAUUAUUUCAUUCCAAACUUCAGUAAGACAUCAUCAAUGUAAAUACCUUAAAUCUGUACGUGUUUCUGCUGAUUUUCAUGGCAAAUACCAAAGUGAUGAAGCUAAAGAGGCAAAGCACAACUUGUGUUCAGUAUUUAAUGACAUUUUCCAUUUCCUGUGUUUCAUAAUGAUGCAUAAAUGAAAUUUUAAAUUUACGUCAUGGACACGAUAGGUCACUCGUGCAUCCAGCCUUGUCCUCUCGGGAAGGACUGAGAGAGUGGCGGAAAUCGAGCCUAAGUAGUUAGUUACCAAGAAUUUUUAUUAGCUGGGGAAAAAAUUAAGCCAAACAGAAAUGCAGAAAUAUUUUUAGUGGUAUUAAAUAAACUUUGUUGCCAUGGAUACAAUCACAAAUGCUAUCAUUCAAAGACAAGUUUUAGUAAGUUUUAAAUUCUUUAUUGAACAUCCACUAAAUUAACCCUUUAAAGCCCCAAUAUUCUCAUACAAAUUCUCCAAACUGAUCUCCAUACAUUUCCUUAAAGAAUGAGUUGAGAGAAUUUGAUAAAAGAUCAGAGUAUUUUCUCUUAGGUGAUCAUUUUCUUAAUUCUCAUAACCUCACCUCAUGAUAAUGUAUGGAUAUAGUCAGGAGAAAAUUGAUGUUGGUCACUAUUGGGACUUAAAGAGUUAAUACAUGUAUAUGGCUAACUAUUUCUAGGCUGGCACAUUCAUGGGUUUUGCCAUCACCUCGGCUGUGUUUGGUGGUGUGGUCAUCAUUUGCUACAGUUUGUCUGUGGCAAUUUACAGCCAUGAGCGGCGCUGGUACUGGGAAUCUCAUCACUCAGAAAUGGCCGUUACAGCGAUAAUCCUAAUUCUUGGCAUCGUUGAGUUUGCUAUCGGAAUCUGGGCUUCAGUCUUGUGUUGCUUGAUUGUCAAUUGCUGUUCUUCCACUUCUACUCAGGUAAAAUGAAUCAGUGUUUGCAAAUUGCUUUUUGAUAAAUUCCGGAUAAUUUUUAUUUUUACUUUGAUUAGAUGCUAGGAGAGCAUAUAAGCAUAUAAAUUGCAGAAAUGAUUGAGAAGUGCUUUACCGUGGAAACUCUCAUGAGUGGAACCCUUGGGACGCGAAAAAGGUGCCCAUAACUGGAGCUGGCUGCUUCCGGAAAUGUAAAAAUACAGAGUUUUGUGGGAGUUGAGAAAAACGGGGUUUUGUGAAGGUGGCCAUAUGUAGAGCAGCCUGUCCGCCUACGAGAGUGUCCAUUAUGAGAGCUUCCACUGUAUUAAAAGGUGGCGGGAUUAGCUCAGUAAGUAGAGCGCCGGCCUGCAGAGCAGGAUGUUGCUGGUUCAAUUCCCUUUAAUUCACCACCUCCUGUAAGACAACAACUAAUUGCUCACAUUUUUAGGUGGUUGCUUAUGGGGGGUUCAAUACUGUACCGUUUCCGAGAGUAAACUGCUUGAAAACUGUACCAUUGACAGUGGCGCAUGCUCAUUAACUGUAGCCUGAGAGCACCUCUCCCCUUGGGUUUAACAUAUAUAAACUCUCCUUGAUCUGCAAAUUCUUUAUAUCACGCUCAGCCUUAUCAUUCAUUGAAAGUGAGUUGAGUGACUAUUGAUUUAAUAUCAAAUUCUCUUUUGGUUUCGAAAGCAAGUACAUUCAAUGUAGAAGGGGAAUUUAGCAGUUUAGAAGAAGUUUCUUAGGGCUUUUCACGCAGCCCUUUAAUAACAUAUUUAGUUAUCUGCACUGGAUCAAUGGAGUGUCUUUAUUUGGCAUACCUUUUUUUGCAGACACAAACAGUUAUGUAUGUCAACGGCCAGGGUGUGGUCCCUGGUGGUUACGUCAUGGCACAAGGUCCUGGUGGUGUCCCUAUGGCAUUUCCUGUGCAGCAAGGUGGAGGUGUCGCUACCGUUCCUGGUGGCCACACCCAGGUGGUUUGCAUGCCUCCCCAAGGCAUGGUCCAGGUCGCCGGUCAGCCUCCAACAUACCAAAUGUCCACAUCUGGAGCUCAGAUGGGCCAGGUGCCCACAUUUGGAGCUGAGGGAGGUCACCCGCCCCCCUAUAACGCAGACCAACAAGUAAGAGUAAUGCGUUUUCACUUUUGUUAUUUUUUAACUUAAGCAACAUUUCCUGUUAUACUAAAUCGCUGACGGUCUAAAGACGGUUAAACAGACAACAAAAUUGUUUCCAAACUUUGCUUCCAAACGAGUUGAACAGCGAUAUGGCGCGUUUUACCACAUACAUUCAAACCUGUCUGGCAACAAACGGAGUUGUAGCAAAAUGCGUGAAUAUUAACUGCUGACUGAAUAGAAGGGAGUCAUAUUCCUUAUACGGGAUUUACGUCACUGCAAAAAAAAGUUUUCCUUGGGCCGGCAAUAAACGCAACAUGUACAGAUUUUUUGCGAAAAGUAUAACUACUCUCUCCUUUCUGUAACAACUGUCACAACCUGCAAAAACCUGAUUUGUUGCAAGACAGGUUCGAACGGCGUAGGUGGUAAAACGUGCAACAUCACGUUUCAACUUGUUUUGCAGCAAUCUUUCAAAACAAGUAGCACGGAAUUGUUGCCCGUUUUUCUGUACCUUAAGUUCAACUUAAUAGCCACAACCAGAACUCUAAGGCUAUACAUGUAUUUGCAUUAACUAAAGUUGAAAUGGCGUCUAAGCCCUUUCAAUUCGACGGUGUAUCAGGGGCACCUAACGACUGUUUUCUGUAAAAUAUCUGUUCGGAGAAACAAAUGUUGCCGAGAAUUUUCUAUUAUUUGAGGACGGCUAAAAAAUUUCUAGGUGACCGUUCCGUUCAUGUAUAGUUUUCGAAACUUAUCUUAUAAAUUUCCUACGAUUUUCUGAAAUUUAUUCUUCACAUUUCACUUCCCAAGUUAAGAUGUUUUUCGUAGAAAAGGUAAACGUUAAAUUUUCGGAUUCAAAAAUGUGAUUGAGAGAGGAAAGGGAAAUAAUACUUAUUGCCCUUGUAAUUUCGAAAAGACUCAAGGUCCCCUAGAAUGACCGAACAGACACAAAUUUUGUAGCACCACUUAGAAUGCCUACAGAGAUUUAAAAGUACUCUAGAUAGCCUAAAAAGUGCUUUCAAUGUAUUUAGGAGGAAACUGUCAAUGGGUGCCCCUGACUGUAUCAAUUUACUUUAUUCAUUUAUUAAAUCAUACUUGUUCCCUCUUCUUUGUAGCUUCCUGUGAAGAUGUGAUGAAAAUGGAGCCUUCAGUCUUUAAUGAGUGACAUCCGUUAAUGUUUUGUAAUGAUGCAUCGGAAAAAUGACUUCAAAUCUGCAUUCUUUCCCGGCUUAAUAGAUCUUUCCACGGUAUCGUGACUUUUGACAUGGACAAGUUAGGGAAAGUCCGCGAACAUCAUUGAAAAGGGCGCUUGAAGAUUAAUAACAUUGCCUAGUUUGAAAGUGAGUUGUUGAAAACUAACGAAGAUAUAGGUCCUCGAUCAAAGUCACGAAAUUUUACAGCAACUUUUUUCGCAACUUUGCAGAGACGUAUCACAUUGAAACUUGGCAAUUUUACUAAUAUUAAGGCGGUCUUUCCAGUGGUAUCGACGGAUUUUCCCUAACUAGUCCACGUCAAAAGUUAAAAAACACCGUGAAAAGGUCUAUUGGCCCGAGUGGCAGGCGUUUGAAAGAGAAGGGGAUUCUGGACAGCCGAGAAACGUGAAAGGCUCGCGCGUGCGCGAGGGGGAGCCUCCCUUCGGUCCAUCGCGCGCGCGUGGUCUCGCGCCCAACCUCCCUUUCCCUUCCCUUUCGAAUGGCUUCCACACAAGCUAGUUCCUUCCUUUUCCAAUUCUUAUAAUUUUCCGCAAAACCAAACGAGCGGCAAAUUUAUAAAUUAUUUAUGCUUUUUUAUUUGAUAUCACGCUUACAGAAGCAAGUUUUCUUUAAUCUUUUUAUUUCGAGCCUUUCAAAGUAGUAUUUUUUGAUAUCUUUCCGUGUUUUCAUGUGAAAAAUGGAAACAUCGGGAGGUUUUUUUGGUGUCGCGUUAACUAAGUUUGGUAAUAUUGUGCUAUAAGGUUAUUGUAGUAUUUUACCGUGUAGUUAUUGAUCAGAAUCAAUUUUUCAAUUUUGUAUUAGGUCAAUUGCUUAUAGAGCAAUGUCAGGUCACUGCCAAAAAUCGUCACUUAUUGGUCGUGAUUCUCUUGAACGUUGCUAUUUCCCGAUAUAGCAGCGGCAUUUUUAAAAGUUGAAGAGAGCCUGUUGCUAAGUUAAUUUAUUAUUGUAUUGUAUGUUGUUGUUCUUGAGAACAUUUAGUCCAAAAGCAAGCACAAGGUGUGAAAAGAAACAUGAAAUUCUGCCGCUGCCAUCGCUUCAAAAAAAUUUUCCCUUGCACAAAAUGAAUAAAUGGGAAAAUGAAAUUUAUUCUCAUUUGCUGCUCUCAGUUAGUUGUUUCUUUCUCUAUUACCGUAUUUAUUCGAUGAACAGCUCUGGGCGCUUAAUAAAUUUUUGGACCUUGAGAGUGGGCGCUUAUUCGACGUGUUCGAGGUGGGCGCUUAUUCGAAUAAAUACGGUAGUUAGCCUGAAAAAAAGCCAAUAUUUAAAAUUUUGCGACGUUACCGCUGGUUUCCCCGCGAAAUUGCGGCAGAGAAACGACUGCAGGAAUUCUAUACUUAAGACGUGUCAUUACCAAGAUCAGGUAUUGCUCUUGAUUGGCCAUGCCGCGAGGGAAAACGCUUCAACCAAUCAGGAGCGCUACCUAGUUCUGGUUAGUGAC